GUGACCCGGAUGGCUGCUGAGACGCACGUGUAGCGAUAUCGCUGGGAAGUAUCGGAGUGGAGUUUUCUUCUAUCGCUUCUGUUUGGGGGAAAAUCACAGCACAAAAAAAUGGAGAUCGAAAGCGCCGCAACCUCCGGGGAAAGUUUCACAAGUGUCACCUCUAAGAAAAGCAGGAAGAGAAGAGCGGCCGAGGAGAGGCCCAUGGACAUGGGGGAACAGCCCAGCAAGAGGCCCGACUUUCCUCCCAUCUCUGGAGACAAGUUAAUGGGAGACAAAGAUGAAAUGAGGAAAAUCCCUGUCCCCUCACACAGAUACACACCUCUUAAAGAAAACUGGAUGAAAAUCUUCACCCCAAUUGUGGAGCAUUUACAGCUUCAAGUGCGCUUCAACCUAAAGUCGAGAAAUGUAGAAAUAAAGACUUGCAAAGAAACCACAGAUGUCGGUGCCUUAACAAAAGCAGCUGAUUUUGUCAGAGCCUUUAUUCUUGGGUUUCAAGUUGAGGAUGCGUUGGCCCUGGUCCGGCUCGAUGAUCUCUUCUUAGAAUCCUUUGAAGUGACAGAUGUUAAGCCGCUGAAGGGAGACCACUUAUCUCGGGCCAUUGGGCGAAUAGCUGGAAAAGGAGGAAAGACAAAGUUCACCAUCGAAAAUGUCACAAAGACCAGGAUAGUUCUGGCUGAUUCAAAAAUACACAUAAUGGGAUCAUUUCAAAACAUCAAGAUGGCCAGAACCGCAAUCUGUAACCUCAUUUUAGGGAGCCCACCAUCCAAAGUGUACGGCAACAUACGGGCAGUGGCGAGUCGGGCAGCUGAUCGGUUUUAGCGUUGGACGACGUGGAACGACUGAACAGCGUGUAGAUUUUUUAAAUUGUGACUCCUCCCACAUCGAAAUUUUUUUGUGCAAUUGACUGACGUGCAGAAGAGAAGAACGUUUGUUGGCACAAUGAUUGAAGCAGUUGGUUCCCCCCUGCACUGGUCCGACUCUUCCUAUUAACAUGUAUAUGACUUGAACCUGAAGAAUUAAUGACUCUGCCAAUACAUUGUGAAAAUAAACAAUAAAUGCGAGGUUGCUGAUUC